AUGGCAGUCGACGCAGAGAGGCGCCAGAGCCAGAUCAUCUUCGGGCGACUGCCGUAUCAAACCUCAGCGUUCAUCGAGUGCGACGAGACCUGCGUCUUCAGCUGGAAGGAGGUCGAUGAAGAGACGGUCACCUACCACUGGUUCGUGUACUUUGGCAUCGUGGAGCGAGGCAGCCACAAGCUGUGGCUCAAGAUGAUGCCACUCCGAACCUCUGUGAAUGAGCCGAGAAUCCCGCAAAUCGGGCAGGAUGCGUAUCGCACUGCUCUGGACGAGGCUGGUUUCGACAGCCGAACCCGUGCCGUCAUGUUCUCUGACAGUGCCCCAGCCUUUGUCCACACGGGCCAUCCGGGCAUUGUAGAUGCUGCACAGGUAAAUCAUUCUGAGCAGGAAUUCACAAAGAGCGUAGAAGUGCUCUGGCGACCCCCAGAGAUGAGAAAUGCAUUGUGCCACACCCAGACGAUCGACAGAGCGUGGCGGUCCUUGAAGGACGACAUCCCCAAUGGUGUGAGUGGCCGAACUCCUGCUGGCCGGCAGUGUUUUGACGCCUAUGUUCGACAACAGCAAUGGUACUACAUGACUUCCGGCAAAGACAGAUGGCCUGAGUUCUGCAACGCAGUGCAUCACUUUCGCAAGUACUUUGAGGAGUUGGAUGCAGCAAGCAAGAAGGAUGGCACAGAUGAACAGCUGCCAAACGUCGGAGUCUUGGCGGGAACCGCAGGCACCUCAGCCGGAGAAGCUGGCGGUCGUGAAAGCGCUGGGGCCAUGGGAGGCAGCACAGGUGAAAGCACGGCAGGACUCUUGGGCGAACGGCAGCCCUUCGUCCCUCCAGAAGUGCACGGCCGCAUGGAAGAGCUAGCCCGCCAAAAUGUCAUUCCUAGGACGACCACAGAGCAGCGUGAGCGCGCGAAGCCUACAUCAGGAUCUCAAUAUGGAGUUCCAGAGUUUUUGAAGGAGGCUGACAAAACCUGGGUGCUUGAAGUCAAAGGAGGGUCAGCCGUGGUUGAGGGGAACAGCUCGUCACGGGUGCACAUCAUGCCGAUUCGAUUUGCUGUUCGCUUCGGUCAAUGCCUCGAUCCUCCCAAGUUUUGUGCGCACCGUGGUGGAUUCAGCCGCCGCGGCGUGGCAGGGCUCUUUGUUGCACUUGUUGCUUGUCUUCCUGGAUCUACUCGCAUCGUCAGUGUUUUGAGACGCCCCGAGUUCCUUAUUGAUGUGUACUGCGGCGUGGGGCUGUUUGCCCUGGCAGGCAGUGCUCUUUUCGAUCUUACCUUCGGCAUCGAAGUGGACAAGAAUGCUGUUGCCUUGGCCAAAGAGAAUGCCAAGCUGAACGGAAUCAGCAACGCGACCUUCAUUCGCGGCGAUGCGCGGAAGGGCUUGGCGGAGAAGUUUCACUUCAGACCUUUCCUGCGCAACACCUUUAUUCCUGGUGUAUCUUGUGAUCCUGCCACGCAGGCCAGCGGAGCGAUCAAGCGUAGGGAGAUCACGUUGAAAGUGGAGGUUUGCCCUGUGUCUUUGCAGAUGUCGGCCCGGGACUUGGGAAAACUGCACGCCGCCGGCUACAAGCCCCAGGCAGUUCGUAACGUGGCGAAGCGUGCGGUUCGCAACCUUGGUGGCAUCGUCGGCGAGGAGGUUGCUCUCACCGUGCAGGAUUUCAAAGAAAAGGGCGCAGUGGGAGCAGUGAAGGAUGCUGUGGCCGAUGCCGGUGACAUUCUCAUCGAUGGGGUCUCUGGCAUUGUCGGUUGGCUACGGGGCGAGCCUCCCCAGGAGGAGGAGACGCAGGCUUCGGAGGACGCACAGAAGGUUCUGGCCAACGGGCCCAGGGGGGCGGCCUACGGAAUCAGCCAAGCCUCCCCAAGCGGUGGCAUCAACGCGGUCUGGGUGAUGCCGGAGGAGGCAGAUGCUGCUACCAUGGCGGAGCUCGCGCGCUCCUCCAAGGCUGCGCCACAGAACCUGAACCCGCCCUAUGCUCCCUCCAACAUCCAGCCCUACCAACCAGCACCGGGAAGCAGGGCGGCGGCUCAGGCUCCACAGAUGCCUCCGGCUAUGCCACAGUACCUCCCGAAUGGCAUUCAGAUUGCACCCUACCAGCCGAAUGCACCAGGAGCUCGAGGACCACCUGGCGCCUUCCCAGGUCUUGCAAUGCCAUAUGCGGAUCCGCGAGGCGUUCACGAGCAAAAUUUGGAAAAGCUGCUGGCUCUGAUUGCUGCCAACCCGGAGAAGUUUGUGAAGUUUGUCGAGUCACAGCGAGAUAACACGCUCUGUUGCUUGGACGGCUUUAGCUAUCUUCAGUUCAAUCGAAACCUAAGUCAGCACAUAGUUACGCUUUUUCUGAUGGCUUACCCACAAAGUAAAGUUAAGUAG